AAUCGCAGCUCUGGGAAGAUGGUGGAGGAAGAGCAAAGAGAAAAGAUCCCUCUGGUUCCAGAAAAUCUCCUGAAACAGAGGAAGACUUCUCAGACCCUCAAAGCUACCCAGGCAAAGCAAGAACUUUUGGCAAAGGAGAGAAAAGGAAAACAGUUCAGAUUUAAGCAACUGAAAUCAUUCCUACAUGAUUCCUGGCGGAAGAAACGUGACCAAGUAUGCGUCAGACAACUAGAAGUGAAACCUCAUGCUUUGGAAAUGCCUGAUAAACAUUCCUUAGCCUUCGUUGCAUGCAUCCAAAGGGUUAGUGGGGUGAGUUUGCUGGUGCAGAGGACCAUUGCAAGACUUCAUCUGAAGAAAAUAUUUAGUGGUGUCUUUGUUAAAGACACCCCAAAAAGCCUAAAAUUGCUACAGAUAGUAGAACCUUCCUUGACUUGGGGAUUUCCAAAUCUGAAGUCUGUCUGGGAACUCAUCUUGAAGUGUGAACAAGCAAAGGUCAAUAACAAGACCAUCCACCUGACAGUCCACACAGUGAUUGAGGAGCACCUGGGGAGGUUUGAUGUCAUUUGUCUGGAAGAUCUCAUUCAUGAAAUUGUCUUCCCUGGGAAGUAUUUCUGGGAGAUCUCUAGGUUCUUGUGCCCUUUCCACCUCUCUGUGGCCCAUCAUGCUACCAAAAAUAGAGUGGGCUUCCUCAAGGAGAUGGGCCUUCCUGGCUAUCAGGGUGAACGCAUCAAUCAGCUCAUCCGCCAUCUGAACUAA